CUUGUUUUCUUCUUUGCUUUUCCUCUUCUCUCUAUCCCAAUACAACACACACACACCCACUGGGCUCACAAAACAGCACAGCACCCUUUCUUAUUCUUUUUUUCACCCUAUCUUGAUUAUUAUCCUACUACUACUAUCCCCCCUACUCUUUGACAACAACAACAACAGAUGGAACCCACUGAAAAUGUUUCAUGGGCCCAAGCCAUUCCAGCAGCGCAAGGUCUAUACGACCCGACCUACGAAAAGGACUCGUGCGGUGUGGGCUUUACAGUGCACAUCAAAGGAGGCCGGUCCCACAAGAUUCUAAGCGACGCGUCUGACCUCCUGUGCAACAUGACGCAUCGUGGUGCAAGUGGCGCCGAUAUCCGGGAUGGCGAUGGCAGUGGUGUGAUGACAGGCAUGCCCGACAGCUUUUUCCGCAUCGAAGUCAAGCGCGAGCUAUCGAUCGACUUGCCACCCGAGGGCCACUAUGCGGUCGGCAACAUUUUCAUGAAACAGGACACCAUGCAAGAGAGCAAGCGAGUGUUUGAGCAGCUGGCUGAUGCUUUGGGUUUGCAAGUCCUUGGCUGGCGCACAGUGCCUCGAGACACCUCCAUCUUGGGUCCGGCCGCCCGCUCCAAAGAGCCUGCGAUCGAGCAGCCCUUUGUCUCGUUUCGUGAAAAGAUGGAUUCUAAACAGUUUGAGCGUCAACUCUAUCUGUUGCGUAAACAUGCCACGCAUACAAUCACAAUGAAGAAAUGGUUUUAUGUCUGUUCGCUGUCGACGAAAAACAUUGUUUACAAGGGCCAGCUUACGCCGCGUCAGGUCUAUGCCUACUUUUAUGAUCUUGUCAAUGUCAAAUAUACCACCCAUUUUGCACUUGUCCACUCAAGAUUUUCGACAAACACAUUUCCAUCGUGGGAUCGAUCACAGCCUAUGCGUUGGUGUGCACACAACGGCGAAAUCAACACAUUGCGUGGAAACAAAAACUGGAUGCGCUCGCGGGAAGGUAUGAUGACUUCAGACACAUUUGGAGACCAGCUCGAGUUGUUGUACCCGAUCAUUGAAGAAGGUGGAUCCGACUCUGCCGCGUUUGACAAUGUUCUCGAACUCCUCGUUGUCAACGGCGUCUUGACACUUCCCGAAGCCGUCAUGGUCAUGAUCCCCGAGGCAUGGCAAAACAAUCCCUUGAUGGAACCAGAGAAAAAGGCAUUCUAUCAGUGGGCUGCAUCCAUCAUGGAACCCUGGGAUGGUCCUGCACUAUUCACGUUUGCAGAUGGUCGCUAUUGUGGCGCUUCCCUGGACCGUAAUGGGCUACGUCCUUGUCGAUUCUAUUUGACCUCCGAAGAUAUCAUGAUCUGUGCUUCUGAGGUCGGCACAUUGCGUGUGGAUCCUGAACUCGUGGUCAAAAAGGGUCGCUUGCAACCUGGAAAAAUGCUGUUGGUUGAUACGGUCGAAGGAAGGAUUGUGGAUGACAAAGAGCUGAAGCUAACAACGGCGGCCAAGGCGAAAUUCACAGAAUGGAUUCAACAACGUAUCAGCAUGCAAGAUCUUGUGAAAGGCUACAAGGAUGAAACCAAUGUUGAGUUGGAUGAUAACACCAUUCACACCGAUCCUCGCUUGAAAGCCUUUGGAUACACGCUCGAACAACUCAACCUGCUGCUUAUGCCAAUGGCAUCCGACGGCAAAGAGGCACUUGGAUCCAUGGGCAAUGAUACAACGCUCGCUUGUCUUGCCAAGCAGCCGCGUCUCAUAUACGAAUACUUUCGACAGCUAUUUGCUCAAGUGACUAACCCGCCUAUUGAUCCGAUCCGCGAGGAAAUUGUAAUGUCAUUGGAAUGCUAUGUUGGACCGGAGGGCAAUUUGCUAGAGAUUGAGCCGUCACAAUGCAAACGGUUGACUCUGCCGUCACCCAUUUUAUCCAUGCAAGAGUUUGCGGCUAUCAAGGGAAUGGAGAAACACUAUGCGGACUGGCAAGUAGCGACGAUCGACAUUACUUUUGCACGCACAGAAGGUGUGGACGGGUACUUGACAGCGUUGGAACGUGUAUGUAACGAAGCGACCGAAGCGAUCGACCAGCACAAAAAAGUGAUUAUUUUGUCCGACCGUGCCAUGGGAGCUGACCGCGUCGCCAUCUCUUCCUUGAUUGCCUUGGGCGGUGUGCACCAUCACCUUGUACGCAACAAGUUGCGUAGCCGAAUCGCAUUGAUGGUCGAAUCGGGUGAGGCACGCGAGGUACAUCACUUUUGUGUCCUGCUUGGAUAUGGUGCGGAUGCCAUAUGUCCUUAUCUUGCCUUUGAAGCCAUGCUCAAACUCCACCGAGAACGGGCUGUCCGAGACGAUCUUACACCGGAGAAAAUUAUUUACAAUUAUCGCAAGGCCGCCGACAACGGCAUCCUCAAGGUCAUGUCCAAGAUGGGUAUCUCGACCUUGGCAUCCUACAAAGGCGCACAGAUUUUCGAAGCCCUCGGUAUCGACCACACUGUCAUUUCCCGAUGUUUUGCCGGCACUGCCUCACGUAUCAAGGGCAUCACUUUUGACACGUUUGCAUUGGACGCAUUGACGUUGCAUGAAGCCGGAUAUCCACUCCGCAAUCGUGUGCAACCUUUGGCAUUGCCCGAAUCGGGUGAAUACCAUUGGCGUGACGGUGGCGAGCCGCAUAUUGCUGAUCCUGUCGGUAUGGCAAACUUGCAAGAUGCUGUCCGGAAAGAUAACCAGGCCUCGUAUGAGGCGUAUGCUCGGAAUGCGUAUGAAGCUAUCCGCCAAUGCACGUUGCGUGGCAUGCUGGAAUUUGAUGAAGAGAAAUUCAAGCCUAUAUCGCUGGAUCAAGUCGAGCCAUGGACAAAUAUCGUCAAACGGUUUGUUACUGGUGCCAUGUCUUAUGGCUCCAUCUCCAUGGAAGCCCAUGCGUCGCUCGCUGUUGCGAUGAACAAACUCGGUGGCAAGUCAAACACCGGUGAAGGUGGUGAAAAGCCAGAACGAUCGAUACCAAGACCCAACGGUGACAAUCUUCGGUCAGCCAUCAAACAGGUGGCAUCCGGCCGUUUCGGUGUCACCAGCUACUAUCUGUCGGAUUCUGACGAGUUGCAGAUCAAGAUGGCCCAGGGCGCAAAGCCUGGUGAAGGUGGUGAGUUGGCAGGUACAAAAGUAUCUGAAGAAAUUGCCAGUACUCGUAAAACAACACCGGGUAUUGGCUUGAUCAGUCCUCCGCCUCAUCACGAUAUUUAUUCGAUCGAGGAUUUGAAACAGCUUAUUUAUGAUCUCAAGAGCUCUAGCCCACGCGCACGCGUAUCCGUCAAACUGGUCUCUGAAGUCGGCGUCGGCAUCGUUGCUGCAGGUGUAGCCAAGGCCAAGGCAGACCAUAUCCUGAUUUCCGGUCAUGAUGGUGGUACAGGCGCUUCACGAUGGACGGGUAUCAAAUACGCCGGCUUGCCUUGGGAGCUGGGGUUGGCUGAAACACAUCAAACGCUUGUUCUUAACGAUUUGCGGGGUCGCGUCGUUGUUCAAACCGAUGGUCAGAUCAAAACAGGUCGUGAUGUUGCCAUUGCCUGCUUGUUGGGUGCUGAAGAAUGGGGAUUUGCCACCACACCUUUAAUUGCUCUUGGAUGCAUCAUGAUGCGUAAAUGUCACUUGAACACUUGCCCAGUCGGUAUUGCCACCCAAGAUCCCGAAUUGCGAAAAAAGUUCGAAGGUCAUCCAGAGCAUGUCAUCAACUUUUUUCACUACGUUGCUGAAGAACUACGUGGUCUUAUGGCCAAACUCGGUUUUCGGACGAUCAACGAGAUGGUAGGACAUACGGAAGUUCUUAAAACCAACGACAGUUUGCGGACGUACAAGACUGCCAACAUUGAUUUGUCACCUAUCCUGACACCUGCACACACACUGCGACCUGGCGUGGCCACUUUUUGCGUCCGCAAGCAGCAACACAAUCUAUACACGCGUCUCGACAAUUAUCUUGUAGAUGAGAGCGAACCAGCGCUCGAGCGCAAAGAAAAGGUGCAUAUUGAUUCCGACAUUGUCAAUACGGAUCGUGCUGUUGGUGCCACGCUUUCUUAUCAUGUCUCGAAACGGUUUGGUGAAAAUGGAUUGCCUGGAGAUACGAUCCAUGUCAAGUUUACCGGAUCUGCCGGUCAGUCGUUUGGUGCGUUCUUGGCACCGGGGAUCUUUUUUGAAUUGGAAGGCGAUAGCAAUGAUUACGUUUGCAAGGGUCUAUCCGGUGGUACUGUUGCUAUUUAUCCUCCUCGUGCAAGCACGUUCAAUGCCAGCGAGAACAUUAUUGUUGGCAAUGUUUGUUUGUACGGCGCGACAGGCGGUCGAGCAUUCUUUUCCGGUGUUGCUGCCGAACGAUUCUGUGUACGUAACUCGGGUGCCAGUGCGGUUGUGGAAGGCGUUGGUGACCACGGUUGUGAAUACAUGACAGGCGGUCGUGUAGUGAUCCUUGGCGACGCAGGCAGAAACUUUGCAGCCGGCAUGUCUGGCGGUAUUGCUUAUGUAUUGGACAUGGAAAGCGCAUUGAAAGAAAAAGUCAAUAUGGAAAUGGUGGAGCUCGAGACCAUCGACACGCAGGAAGAGAUCGACGAGGUGCGACAGCUCAUUGAAGACCAUCAACACUACACAGGAUCGCAAAAGGCUGCCGAGGUAUUACAAAAUUUUGAUACCUACUUGUCCAAGUUUGUCAAAGUCAUGCCGAUAGAGUACCGUCAUCUGCUGGAAAAACAAAAGCAAGCCUCAUCGACAACAACAACAACGAUUCAGCAAGACAUGGUCACAAAGAAGAAUGAGCCUACUAUUGAUGAUGUUGAGGAUAGUUUGUUGGAUGAAAAGGCGAUUAUGGAACGACGCACGAAAUUGGACAAGAUGCGUGGUUUCAUGAAGUAUAAACGUCGUGUUGACCCUUAUCGAGAUGCCAAGGCACGAACCGAUGAUUGGAAAGAAAUCAACCACCGAUUAACCCGUCCUCAGUUACAUGAACAAGCGGCUCGGUGCAUGGAUUGUGGUGUACCGUUCUGUCAGUCGGAUACAGGCUGUCCUAUUGGUAAUAUCAUCCCCAAAUGGAACGAGCUCAUUUACAAGGAUCACUGGAAAGACGCUCUUGACCGUCUUGUCAUGACCAACAACUUUCCUGAAUUUACUGGUCGUGUCUGUCCUGCGCCAUGUGAAAACAGCUGUGUUCUUUCUAUCAAUGAGCCCGCAGUUGCAAUCAAGAGCAUUGAAUGCGCGAUCAUUGAUCAUGGCUUUAAAGAAGGGUGGAUUGUUCCUCAACCGCCUGCAAAUCGAACAGGCAAGAAAAUCGGCAUUAUUGGAUCUGGUCCAGCUGGUCUUGCUGCUGCGGAUCAAUUGAACAAGGCUGGACACUCGGUUACUGUCUAUGACCGCAACGAUCGCAUGGGCGGUCUUUUGAUGUACGGCAUUCCGAACAUGAAGCUCGACAAGAACGUCGUACAGCGCCGUAUAGAUCUGCUUGCUGCAGAGGGUGUUACAUUUGUACCUAAUGCACACAUUGGCGUUGAUAUGGAUGCAAACGGCUUGCGCGACGAGAACGAUGCUCUUGUUAUUGCUACGGGUGCUACGUGGCCACGUGACCUGAAGAUCCCUGGACGCGAUGCGAAUGGAGUUCAUUUCGCAAUGGAGUUCUUGCAAGCCAACACCAAGUCACUAUUGGACUCAAACCUCGAGGACGGACACUACCUCUCUGCCAAAGAUAAACAUGUUGUUGUGAUUGGCGGUGGCGAUACCGGUAACGACUGUAUUGGCACAUCUGUCCGUCAUGGCUGCAAAUCGGUGAUCAACUUUGAGCUUUUGCCACAACCGCCCAACACGCGCGGCAGCGAUAAUCCGUGGCCCCAAUUUGCUCGGAUCUUUAGAGUUGAAUAUGGCCAUUCUGAAGUGCAAGCCCAUUUCGGCAGAGAUCCACGGGAAUACUGUGUCUUAUCCAAGGAGUUUACUAAAAAUGCUGACGGCAAUGUGACUGGAAUUAAUACGGUUCGUGUGGAAUGGACAAAGGAUGGCACCACAGGUCGCUGGUCAAUGAAAGAGGUCGAAGGAUCGGAACAGUUCUUUGAGGCGGAUCUUGUCUUAUUGUCGAUGGGAUUCUUGGGCCCUGAAGAAUCUUUGGUCAAUCAAUUGUCGCUCAAGCAGGAUGCUCGCACUAACAUUGAAACACCCAAGGGCAAAUAUAGCACCACCGUGCCAGGCGUGUUUGCUGCUGGCGACUGUCGGCGUGGACAAUCGCUCAUUGUCUGGGGUAUCAAUGAAGGAAGACAAUGUGCGCGUGAGGUUGACUUGUGGCUAGAAGGAAAAACGUAUCUUCCAGUCGCCGGUGGUAUCAAUCGUCGUGCCAUUGUUGACAAUCGCACCGCUGUGGAUGUGCGUGCUUAAAUUGGCAAGAACUUCUUCUAAGGAUUACAUACAUGUAUCUCUCUCUUCCUUUCCAUUUAUUAUACACUGUACAAAAAUAAGCCUAUGUAUAUAAAUCAAAUGAUAGCCCUCAGUUAAUCAGCG